GUUGGGUUCGGCAACAGCGCGCUGAGGGGGUUGUCCUUCACUUUCCAACAUGGCGUCUGUGAGUAUUGCCGCGUUGACCUUACUCUUGUACAUCAACUGCAUAUCGGGCCUGCGCCCCAUUCAGGAAAACACUAUUCCAAUCUUUGAGCCCACCCUUGUUUACAAAUGGGUUACGCUGGACUACAUACGGCCAAGCAACAUGUCCUAUCAUCGGUUCCGAAUGACCUAUCCCUACGACUACAGAAACACACUGCUGGGCGGGCUCAAAGUGUACAAAGGGGACAUUUAUGUAACAAUUCCUCGUAUAAGCAGCGGAGUGUCGGCAACUUUAAACCGGGUUGUUGAAAAAGACGGCGCCCCAUAUCUCGAAGCUUUUCCGAACUGGGAUUGGCAGACACUUGCUGACUGCGAUGCAUUACAGACGGUGAACAACAUAGAAAUCGACCCCGUGAAAGGAUGGAUGUGGAUAAUUGACACUGGCAGAGUGAAUACCUUUUGGGGUGGAGUGAGAAAUUUGUGUCAACCCAAAUUGAUUAUUUAUGACAUUGACAAAAAAGAAGUUGUCAUUCGUUAUGUUUUUCCACCAGAAGUAGCUUCUAUUGCGGAUUCAUAUCUGUCCGACAUUGUUAUUGACCCUGAAGCUGGAUAUGCUUACAUAUCGGACAUACUUAGACGGAGGCUUAUCUUCUACAGCAUGAACGACAACUUCUCAAUCGCGGUGGAACACACAUUAUUCGCGUAUGAAUAUGGCAACAAUACAAUUACUAUAGAUGAUCGUACUAUCAAACUGGCAAAUACAUCUGCUAAUAUCGACGGAAUCGCUUUAUCGCCGAGGAGGGACUAUGUUGUUUUUUCCCACCUUGGAGGGUUCGGAUUGUAUAGGAUAAGUACUGAAUUCUUCAGAAAACUCAUAAAAAAUUCCACAUAUGUGUCCGAGCUUGAUAACUAUAUCAAACGAGUAGGAUUCAAGCCCUCACAGUCGCGAGGUAUUGUUUUGGGCCACGACAACUUGUAUUAUGGGGCUCUAGGCCUGGGUGCUGUGUACAGUUGGCAGAUCACGGAUCUACUGAGCUACCCCGACGCAUCUGAAAACACAUUAAGAAGUGUCCCUCAGGCGAGGGCGGUAGCUGACGACAGAAUUAACUGGAUCGACACCGUUACCUUGGAUACAGAAGGAUUUUUGUGGAUUACGUCAUCAAAUCUUGUGAGGUAUUUUCUUGACGUCAUGGACUACCAUCACACCUAUAACUACUACAUUUGGAAAGUCGACGUUGGUGAGGACAGUUAUUUGAAGAAAAAGACAUCGCCUCUGCCAACAACGACAACAACUACAACAACGACAACAACUACAACAACGACAACAACGACAACAACUACAACAACUACACCAACGCCUGUGAAUGAUAAGAAUGCUGCGUCGAAUCAAGGCUGGAGAGGUGUAUGGACUGUUUUUUCAGUGUGUUCAGUGCUUGUUUCGCGUUAAUUACUGCCUUACAGGCCUUUCGCAAUUUAUCAUGCAAUAUCUAGUUUGUCUUUGUUCAAAUGUUUGUCACUGCCAAUAUGAUUGUAUGUUAUAAGACACUGAAAUCAGCUAUAUUACGGUGGCCUGAAGUAAAAUGUCGACUCUGGACCAGGCAAACCAGUGGCUGAAAGAAUGAGGAACGGUCCUCGACGUCAUGCAUUAUGACGCACUAUUUGCCAAGUCUACGAAGACUACCAUACACUCGUCUUCUGUCGACUCUUUCAAACAAGCAGGAGGUGGCUAUCAUUUCCCGGAAACCCCACGGGACCAUCCGAAAACGUGAACUGGCAUGACUUUAUUGAGAAGACGCGCAUGAAGAAUCAUAAUGGACAUGUGCUUGUUUGGAAGGUGAUGUGAGGGCACAUACCGACUGCACGUCUUAUGCGCAGUGGAGGUUGAUCUGCACUGUCAGUGGAACCACACCCGAAAUGGACUUCCGGACAUACACAGACAGCAUGACUCCUCUAGGUACCUUAAUGACCCGUUAAUGUGGCAUAGUGUAUUCGUUAUCUUGUCAUUUGAACUCGACUCGAUUCUUGACUUUUGAACAGACCUGUGAAGAUCCGGGUUAGAAUAGGUCUUCAGCAACCUAUGCUUGCCGUAAAAGGCGACUAUGCUUGUCGUAAGAGGCGACUAACGGGAUCGGGUGGUCAGGCUCGCUGACUUUGUUAAUGCAUGUUAUCGAUCCCAAUUGCGUGGAUCGAUGCUCAUGACGUCAAUCACUGGAUUGUCUGGUCCAGACUCGAUUAUUUACAGACCGCCGUCAUAUAGCUGGAAUAUUUCUGAGUGCGGCGUAAAACAAAGUGACUUUUGAAUACGAUAUAUGCAAUAUUCGAUCGGUACGGUUUACAAACAUUUGCCUACUCGUUCUUUCCUGUUUGGGGUUCUUAGUAGAAACACAUACACCUAGACAACCACGAACCCAGAGUUACUGAACAUCAAUCUGCUUGUCCAUGAGUUACUUCCCUUCAAUUGCUGAGGGGGUUGUCAAGGUAUAUGUUGGAACUAAGACAGAUUUUAUCGAUACUUUAAAUGGUCGAUAAGUUACAUUUUGCAGUAUGUGUACCGACGAAGGACAGAAAUUGUUGUGUUUGUCUUAUACCAUAUCCAACCCGUAAACUUGUAAAGUCAGCUCCACGAAGCGUCAAUAAAAUCACUGCCGUCUCCUUA